AGAAUCGAGUUGGCUUAAUAUCAACUUGACAAAAUGGGCUUCCACAUGGUACGACAGCUGCUGCUCUCCGGAUUCCUGCUGGUGCUGCUCCAAGUGGUGACCCAAACGCAGGCCAGGCCACAGGAUGUGAUCACAGUGGCCGGCGAGGAAACAGAGGUGGUGAUCAAGCAGGAAGGCGAGGGCGAUGACGAUGACUCAUCCUCCGAGGAGACAGUCGAGGAUUCGGAAGAGAACAGGCGCAGGCGGCGGGAGGUGAACACGGACAACACGCCAUUGGCUCGAGCCGUCAUUCCAGGUUUGCCAGAUCCGGCCACCAUAAUCAAGAUCGCUGAGCUUUUUCAAUCCGUAGGCGAGCAAAUAGUCCCGAUCCUGGUGGAGGCUGUUCUCCCCAGCGUGGAUGAAGCCGGCGAUCGAUUCGCCAGAUCCCUGCAGUUCCUUAAAAACUUCAGUCCCGGAUUGGAAUCGUUUGCCACCGAAAAGAACGAAUAGCCAACAUAAUAGGGGCACAAAGUGGAGGAGCUGAACCGGAAUUCGUUUGGUAUCUGGAUAAAGGAUGUUUUACAAGUGAAUUAGACUAGAACAUCGUUUGGUUUCAUGAGUUUCUUAAAAAAAAAAUGAAUUUGCUUAUA